AUGGCUGGCAGAGCUCGGCGCCCAUUGCUGGUGCUGCUACUCGUCGCCGGCGUUGCUGCCACCGCAGAGUCCAAGGUGUACGCUCCCACGGAUAGGGUGUUGCUCAACUGUGGGUCGACGACGGACGGCCUGGACGCGGACGGCCGGAAGUGGGUGGCUGACACGAACGACAACACGUGGCUGACCGACUCCGGCAAGUCGUCCCUGUUGAUGGCGGCCGACAAGGUGGACAAUGGGCUGCCGUCCACCAUCCCCUACAUGACGGCGCGGGUGUUCACCAUGGAGGCCGUGUACAACUUCUCCGUGAACCCGCGGGACCGGCACUGGGUGCGCCUUCACUUCUACCCGUCCUCCUACAACGGGAUCGCCGCCGCCGGCUUCCACUUCUCCGUGUCCACGUCCACCGGCAUCACGCUGCUCCGCAACUUCAGCGUCUACACCUACACAAAGGCGCUGAGCCAGGCGUACAUCAUCCGGGAGUUCUCCCUCCCGCCUACGCCCGCGGGGUUCCUUACCCUCACCUUCACGCCGACGCCGAUGGGCAACGAGACCUACGCCUUCGUCAACGGCAUCGAGGUGGCCUCCAUGCCCGACAUCUUCGUCGACCCGGCGAUCAUGGUCGGCUUCGCGGACCAGACCGUGGACAUCGCCAGCUCCACGCUCCAGACCAUGUACCGGUUCAACGUCGGCGGCUCGUACAUCCCGCCCUCCAACGACUCCGGCCUGACCCGGCACUGGUACGACGACACGCCGUACGUGUACGGCGCCACGUCCGGCGUCACCUACAGGGCCGGCCCGCAUUUCCAGAUCAGGUACCCCAGCGAGAUCGCCGAGUACGCCGCGCCGCCGGAGGUGUACCUGGGCACCCGCUCCAUGGGCUCCGACCCGCGCCUGAACCAGAACUACAACCUCACCUGGACCAUGCCGGUGGACGCCAACUUCACCUACGUCGCGCGCCUCCACUUCUGCGAGCUGCUGCUCAGCCGGGCCAACCAGCGGGCGUUCGACAUCUAUGUCAACAACAAGACGGCGCAGUCCGACGCCGACGUGAUCGGGAUGACGUCGGAGAAGGGCGUGCCCAUGUACAAGGACUACGCGGUGUACGUGUCCGAAGAGCCUGAUGGCCAGGCCAUGUGGGUGGCGCUGCACCCGUCCGUGGCGCUCCGGCCGCAGUUCUACGACGCCAUCCUCAACGGCCUCGAGAUCUUCAAGCUCAACGACACCGCCGGCAACCUCGCCGCGCCAGACCCCGAGCCGUCCAGGUUGCUCGCCAAGGCGGAGCUGGGCGCUGGAGAGCACGAGGUGCCCAAGUCUAAGCCGCAUCCCCACAUGGCGAAGGUGAUGGGCGGCACGGCAGGCGGCGCGGCCGCGCUCGGGAUCGUCGCUGCGAUCUGCGUCGUGUGGUACCAUGAAAAGAAGAAGAGGGACGCAGCCAGCGCCGGCGGGUCGCACACCUCCGGGUGGCUGCCGCUGUACCACUCCCACACCAGCAACAAGUCGUCGGGCCACCUCCCGGCGAACCUUGCGGGCAUGUGCCGGCACUUCUCGUUCGCCGACAUCAAGGUGGCCACCAAGAACUUCAGCGAGUCGCUGGUGAUCGGCGUGGGCGGGUUCGGCAAAGUGUACCGGGGCGUCGUGGAUGGCGACACCAAGGUGGCCAUCAAGCGGUCCAACCCGUCGUCGGAGCAGGGCGUGCACGAGUUCCAGACGGAGGUGGAGAUGCUGUCCAAGCUGCGGCACCGGCACCUCGUCUCCCUCAUCGGCUUCUGCGAGGAUGCCGGCGAGAUGAUCCUCGUGUAUGACUACAUGGAGCACGGCACGCUGCGGGAGCACCUCUACAUGGGCGGCAAGCCGCCGCUGUCGUGGCGGCACCGCCUCGACAUCUGCAUCGGCGCCGCGCGGGGCUUGCACUACCUCCACACGGGUGCCAAGUACACCAUCAUCCACCGCGACGUCAAGACCACCAACAUCCUCGUCGACGGGGACUGGGUCGCCAAGGUCUCCGACUUCGGCCUCUCCAAGUCCGGCCCGACGACGAUGAACCAGACACACGUGAGCACCAUGGUCAAGGGCAGCUUCGGGUACCUCGACCCGGAGUACUUCCGGCGGCAGCAGCUCACGGACAAGUCCGACGUCUACUCCUUCGGCGUCGUUCUCUUCGAGGUGCUCCUUGCGCGGCCAGCUCUCGACCCGGCGCUGCCACGGGAGCAGGUCAGCCUCGCUGACUACGCGCUCAGCUGCCAGCGGAACGGCACCCUGCCGGACGUUGUCGACCCAUCCAUCAAGGACCAGAUCGCGCCGGAGUGUUUCAAGAAGGUCGCGGACACGGCCGAGAAGUGCCUCGCCGAGCAGAGCAUCGACCGGCCGUCCAUGGGGGACGUCCUGUGGAACCUCGAGUUCGCGCUGCAGCUGCAGGACACCUUCGAAGGAGGCAGCUGCGGGCGGCGGACCGUGGGUGACGGCAGCGGCAGCGGCACGGGGCGCCCGGCGCUCGAGCCGAGCAACAGCAACGGGAGCAUGGCAAGUGUCACGACGCUGGGGACGUCGUCCACGUCACGGGCGCACGAGGCGUGCGUGAUCAUGGAGGAGACCGACGACGAGGUGGCUAACAGCGCGGCGUUCUCGCAGCUCGUGUGCCCAACUGGCCGGUAA